CUACGCACGUUUUUACUCUAUCAAGAUAGUGAACCUUACUGCCACUUGUUCCCAGUCACAAUGCCACCGCCAGGCCCACACGCUAUGCCCGAACCCUACGUAUGGGACAGGACAUUCAGAACUUUCUAUGACAAGAUCGACGAGCAACACAUGGCCCUCUUCGUUGGCUUGUUUAACGUCGCCGAGAGCAACCUUGACGAAGACGUGGAGCUGGCCGUGAAGGUCUUCACAAAGCACUUCCAUGACGAGGAGGAAAUGAUGAAAGCUGCAAACUACGAAAACUAUGAAGAACACGUUAAGAUCCACAAAGCUUUCCUGGAUGACAUGAAGCUUUGGCAGUCACCGGUAGCUGGCAGCACCAUCGCCAUUGCCAAGGACUGGCUGGUUAACCACAUCAAGAUACAAGACUUUAAGUAUAAGGGGAAGCUGUAACCUGGAGAACGUUAUCAAGUUUUUCCUUUUUUUUUUUUUUUUCAUUUUUAUCUCAAACUUUAACAUGGCAGUCUAAACAGACAGAAAUUAAGUCGACAUUUUCAACAAGAUAAGCUAAAUAAGUCCAGAUUUCACGACUUUGAACGUAUUCAACAUUAAACAAUUAUUUCCUG